GGCGGCGGCGGCGGCGGCAUCAGAGCCUCUGGGGUCGGCGAGCUUGGCGGCUACAGGUCCCGCAGCGGUGCCUGCGGGGGACCCGGGCCGCGAGUGGAAGCGGAGGUGCGCAGCAGCGGCGUUGGGCGAUGGUGGGCGUCCCUGGAGCGGCCGCCUUCCAACUUGGUGCUGACAAAAGGGUGCCAGCGAUGCCUGGAUCUCCUGUGGAAGUAAAGAUACAGUCAAGAUCCUCACCUCCCACCAUGCCACCCCUUCCACCAAUAAAUCCUGGAGGACCCAGGCCCGUGUCAUUCACUCCUACAGCAUUGAGCAAUGGCAUCAACCAUUCUCCUCCUACCCUUAACGGCGCCCCAUCACCACCACAAAGAUUCAGCAACGGUCCUGCCUCUUCCACAUCAUCUGCACUAACUAACCAACAGUUACCAGCCACUUGUGGUGCUCGGCAGCUGAGCAAGCUGAAACGCUUCCUCACCACUCUGCAGCAGUUUGGCAAUGACAUCUCACCUGAGAUUGGGGAGAAGGUGCGGACUCUUGUACUAGCACUGGUGAACUCAACAGUAACAAUUGAAGAAUUCCAUUGCAAGCUCCAGGAGGCUACAAACUUUCCUCUUCGUCCUUUUGUUAUUCCAUUCCUCAAGGCCAACCUGCCUCUGCUGCAGCGAGAACUGCUGCACUGCGCUCGGGCCGCCAAGCAGACCCCAUCCCAGUACCUGGCUCAGCACGAACACCUUCUGCUCAACACAAGUAUUGCGUCCCCUGCUGACUCUUCUGAGCUGCUCAUGGAAGUGCAUGGAAAUGGAAAAAGGCCCAGUCCAGAGAGGCGGGAAGAAAGCAGUUUUGAAAGAGACGCAGUUGCUCCUGAGCCUCCUACCAAGAGAGUGUGUACCAUUAGCCCUGCUCCCCGGCACAGUCCUGCCCUCACUGUGCCCCUCAUGAAUCCUGGGGGCCAGUUCCAUCCUACUCCUCCGCCUCUUCAACACUACACCUUAGAAGAUAUUGCAACUUCCCACCUAUAUCGUGAGCCCAGCAAGAUGAUAGAACAUCGAGAAGUUCGUGAUAGACACCACAAUCUUAGUCUAAAUGGAGGCUAUCAAGAUGAGUUGGUAGACCACCGUUUGACAGAAAGGGAAUGGGCUGAUGAAUGGAAACAUCUUGAUCAUGCCCUCAACUGCAUUAUGGAAAUGGUAGAGAAAACAAGGCGCUCCAUGGCAGUCCUGCGGCGCUGUCAAGAGUCAGACCGUGAAGAACUCAACUACUGGAAAAGACGAUUCAACGAAAACACAGAGAUGAGGAAAACAGGGAGUGAGUUGGUCUCCAGGCAGCACAGUCCUGGGAGCGCAGAUUCUCUCAGCAAUGAUUCUCAGCGGGAAUUCAGCAGUAGGCCGGGAACAGGAUAUGUACCUGUGGAGUUUUGGAAAAAGACUGAAGAAGCUGUGAAUAAGGUGAAAAUUCAGGCCAUGUCAGAAGUACAGAAAGCCGUUGCUGAGGCAGAGCAAAAAGCCUUUGAAGUGAUUGCAACCGAGAGAGCUCGAAUGGAGCAGACAAUAGCGGACGUCAAACGGCAGGCUGCAGAGGACGCCUUUCUCGUCAUAAACGAGCAGGAAGAGUCAACGGAGAACUGCUGGAACUGUGGCCGCAAAGCCAGUGAAACCUGCAGUGGCUGCAACAUCGCACGAUACUGCGGCUCUUUCUGCCAGCAUAAGGAUUGGGAGCGGCAUCACCGCCUCUGUGGCCAGAACCUGCACGGCCAGAGUCCCCACAGCCAGAGCCGACCCCUGCUUCCUGGAGGGAGGGGCUCCUCAGCCCGGUCCGCCGACUGCAGCGUCCCCAGUCCAGCCCUGGACAAGACCUCGGCAACCACCUCACGCUCCUCCACACCGGCCUCUGUGACAGCCAUCGACACCAACGGACUCUGAGCCCCAGACUCACUUCCCCCGGCAACCUCACAGCACAACAGAACUCCGCACAGAAGGCUGGCAUUGUGAAGCAGUGCCAGUUUGCUGUUGGGUCAUCAUCCAGAAGAGAAGUGGAGGCAGGAAGACUUCAAGCCCCAGCCUGUCCACACACUUGUCCAUUUCCCACCUGUGUGCACAUGGCCGCUGGCUGGAGCUGCCUCCUCCAUAGCUUCCAAGCUUGCUCUCCCAGCUAAAGCUGGCAUGGCCAGCCACUUUUCCAUGUAGACCACCAGCUCCUCCCUGCCUAGUGAGAGAGCCGACUGUCAGGUGUGCCCAGUCAGGCUGGAGGCAGCUCACGCCUUCACCGUCUCCUGCUCCAACGUCCUUCCACGACAGAGGCCUGGAGACUGAUAGCAAGCCGGAAAGGAGGGCGCGCUCUCACCGGGAGUGGCUCCUCUGCCCCUGAACAGUUCCCUGAGCCCAUUUCCGCCCUCAGCAGGUGCCACUGAUUAGUCCCUGGGGACUUGGGCAGGCAGAAAGCAGCACUCAGGGCACCCUCAUCGGCCCUGCCGUUCAGAUGUAAGAUUUUCAGAAACCAUAGGAAGAAGUCACCAUUUCAGUAAAAGCACCCAUAAUAAAAAAUAAAACUUCCACCAAGCAUCACAGAUCAUGUUGGACAAGAUUUUCCAGCCUGGCUGGCUAUUUUAGUUUGGGACCCAUUUUUUUUCUCUCUCUCUCUUUUUUGAUUUUGCUUAUGCAGAAAAUAGUUUUCAGCGCAUGGAUUGGUCUGAGGGAGAAUGAGACUCAAUUAUGGAUUGUCUGUUCUCUCUGAGCAUGUUGGCCAGACUAGUGCCAUCACGUUAUCGAAUGGAUCAUCUGUUGCAGAUGCAGAAACUCUUGUCACCACUUGGCUCUUUGCACAGUCGUCUUGUUCUGUGUCCUUUUAUCUCAGACCGUGCGUGUCCAGAUCACUGGGUGGAUCUUCCCAUGGUCUCUGUUUGGCGCCUCUGAAGCCAUAGUUGACCCAUAGGAUGUGAUGUGGUGUGGCUCUGACUUGCCUCACCCGUCAAGGCCUGGUCACUGCUGAGCAACCCUUUUGGACCUGAAAGAAUUCUUCAGACUUUGUCAUUAUAUGUCCUAUGUCAGUUUAUUAUUGGGCAUACAAUCCUGUUUUCCUUCUCUAAUUUUGUUGAUACCUACCCUCUUUGAGCUAAGAAAAGUUCCCUGAAAUGUGACAACCAUCUGUGAGAGCCUGACCAAUUUUUCUUCCUGUUUUCAGGGAGUUUUCCCAGCUGCUUACCUGAUUGUCCAAACAUGACACCACCUGUACUCCCUUUAAAAUGUUAGGAAUUGCCACGCACUUUCUUCCUUGCCAUUCAAGUUUUAUUGGGAGCCCAAGGACCCUGGCCCUCCCCUUCUCCAACUCCAAGCCUCUAGCACCCUCUUGCACCAAGGAAUGAGUUGGUUGGCCCUGCUCCUGCCGACCCUUGAAAGCCCAGCUUUAGACGGCCAUUUUCUGCACAUUGACCAGAGUGAACUGAAAGCUCCCAGUAAGGUAUCAGCAUAGGUAGCGUUAUCCUUACAUGUAGGUAUAUCUUACUUUAAAAACUAAGUCUCAGGACCUCCCUAGUGGUCCAGUGGCUAUGUUUCUGUGCUCCAAAUGCAGAGAGCCAGGGUUCUAUCCAUGGUCAGGGAACUAGAUUCCACAAGCUACAACUAAGACCCAGAGUAGCCAAGUAAAUAAAUAAGUAAAAAUGCUAAGUCCUUAAUUUACCUUACUCAAGGAUUUUCUGUCUUAAACUCAGUAUGAAGCACCAUUAAAAUAUCCAGAGUUCUGCUGUGGGAAGUAAGGUAUACCCAGAGAAAGAAUAACAGAAUAGUUGCUUAUUGUUCAGCUUUCCUUUAGUUGCCACAGUUGAGGUAUCCUGCCUAACAGAGAUGAAACCAGAACCCCAGACAGGAGUUGCCUGCAUUUCCCUGAGAAGAGAUGUCCCUUGAGAGGUGGUCACUGAGCCUACAAAUCUGGUGGCAGCAAGAGGGUGUCUCAUGGUGUCCACUGGGUCUGACCUCAGCUCCCUUUUUUGUCGGCAAGUUGGAUGAACACCUAGGUGUGUCCUGUAAGUCUUCAGUGGCCGAGCCAGGGCAGCUCAGGCUUUCUUGGGUUGGAAUAAAGAGCAAAAGCCAACCAAACACUGUUCGUCAGACUCGAUGUCAGUCUCUGCAGCUAAGGUUUAGUUUAGUGUGCAGGUAAGUCCUGGCUGACUUCUGUGGACUGUGGAUCCAAUGACAGCUUAGUUUUCAGAAUUUCUGUGAUGCUGUUCUAAACUGCUUUGCUCACAUGCCACCCAAAGACCAAGCUAAAGAUUUCAGCAGUGUUCCACACUGCGAUUCAGUUCUCAGGCCUGGUGCUGUAUUCAUUUUGGUCAGUUUCACAUGCCGGUUGCUAGGGCAUCUGUCCAGAACUUCCUAUUUAUAUGUAAAGAAUCCCUUUCUCCAGCUCCCUCUCUUCUGAAAGUCUCAGCUCUCUGGUUGGAGCUGGGAGGAGAAGGGACAGUCUUGGAAUGGGGUGAGGGGACUGGAGGGGCACGGCUGAGUCCAGGUUCCCCACUCGGUUUCCCGUGUCUGCUGAUAACCACAUUGAUGGUGCAGAUUCAGGCUCCCCCCUUUCAUCUAGUUAGAUUUAAAGCAUCUUAAUGUAAUCAGACUGCUUAGAGGACCAACCUUUACAGUGUAAGGGGACAAAGACAUGGUGGUGGUACUGAGGUGUUGUCAGCGCUCCUGGGCUCUCCAGUGUUAUCCUAGGGAUCAAAAGCAAGUGGGACAAGCAGUGGCACAUCACUCCUCUGCCCAGUAGGGAUGGUUGCAGGAGCCAGAGGAGACUGGAAGUAGCCAGCAUGGGAGCUGUUUUAAACGUUCUGAGGGAAGCUUUAGGGCCGGAUCCUCAGAGCUUCAGUCAUCCUAUGGCCCCACUGCCUGCUCCACCCAGUGGUGAAAACAGACUCAGGUUCGUUCCAUCUGCUCAGAAAUGAGCAGCCCUCCUCCUGAGUGUGAGAGCUUCACCUGGGGGCGUCCUUGCGGCUCUCAGGAUGGGGCUCAGUCAUGCCACCCUGAGGUCACAGAGCAGAUGCACCUUCUCUUGGACAGUGCUGAGUCCUGUGUGUCUCAGUGGAUUUUAGUCUGGAAACGAGACCCGUCACCCUGGCCAAGGUCCAUGCCUGGCACUGGCUGCUGCGGGCCCUCUGCCGUGUAGAUGACUUUUGCACAUCUGGGCCAGUGGCUCCACCUGGAGCUCCUCACUUCUUGGUGUCAACGUGAGCAUCUUCAGCUUCUAGACAGAAAAUCUCCACUCCACUUUGUACAGCCUUGUCCCAGAGUCAGAUGGAGCCCCAGUGCUGUCGCCUGCUUGCAAAGGGCAGACCUUGUGGGCCGUUCCAGAAGAGAUCUCAGCAAGUGGGCUUGAAGUUUCAACAACAAUUAAAAUUGUGUGGUCAUGAGUUCUUCAGGAUGAAAGCAUGAAUAAUGACCACAUGGCUGUUUGUCCUGGAAACUGUAGAUGAGAUUAUGGAUUGAGUAAAUCAUUUAGAACUCGUCUUUGAGGCUUUCUUCAGAACUGGUUUCCAGGCUCCCAGGACAAUAGACCAAGCCAGCUUUCUUAGAUUUUUUUUUUCCUUAAGCAAUUUACAGAGAACUGGGUGGUAGCAGUAAGAAAAACCAAAUGUAAGAAAAACCAGAGAGAAAUGGACUGUUCCAGCAUGGGCCAACCAGCCAGCUGUUGGGACUCCGUCCUGGGGUGGGGGUGGGGGUGGGGUACUGGGCAAGCUGUUGAAUAGGGCCCUUUCCAACUGAGUGUCUGUAGUUCUUGUGAAACCAAAAUGUUGACUACCUGCCUCUUUGCCCACGUGCAUUGACAUGCUCAAUUCCAAAGAUGAUGGUGCAGGCAACCUUUUCCAUCAUGAGCCAGGAGAAGGUUGAGGCCUGAGGGCGGCCUUUGCCUCCCCGCUUUGCCUCCAUAGCCCCAGAGAUGGCGCUUCCCCUGCUCCCCAUCUGGUCAGACCCACAACUGCCCAGUGUACACUCAUUGAUGCUUAUACCAAAUAGGGCAUGUGCGGCUGGCGGCUGGCAGGGACAGCCCCGGGCCUGCGUUGGAGUUGGCAGAGAGAAGCGGCAAUAAGCAUUAGGCGGAUGGCUGAAAGUGCUGUUUGGCUCAGAGGCCUUCAGUCCACUUUCACAGCUUUCCAAGUUCCUGAUGAGGCUACAAAAGCUCCAUCCACAGAGAAAGCCAAUAAUGUAAAUAAAUCCAAAACUGAGCUUCCAAGCGUGGUUUUUUAAGGGGGAAGAUGAAUGUGAAGCCACCCACAGGAUGCGGUAGAGUUGAUUUUUUUCUGUGCUUUGUCAUUUUACUCUGAUAGGAACUUUUGUUACUUAACUCUGUGCAUAACUUAUUUAAUGUACUGUAUAAAUGAACCAAAACUGUUAAAUAUGUAUUUAGUUUGUUCUACUUCAAGUAGUCAAUAAAAAGGCUAUAUUCCUUUUCUGA